UUGGAUUGGCCAUAUCGCCAGAAUUCAUAGUACCACUGUAUUGUCUUUUCUAUUUUCCUUAACAAACAUCUCUCCGUCGUUGUCCCCAAAAAAGAGCUAACUUUCCAUUUCCUUUGAAAACAGUUUCUGUGAUUUGGAGGUUGAGGGCAAACAUCUGCAUCUGACUUUACAGCAAGUGCACUGUUUAAAUCAGAACCCCUUUUAGCUCAUCUGUUUCUUGCCUAUAAAAUCAUCAGCUCUUCUGGGGAUAAGCUUGCCCUAUUUUUCUCAGUUCAUGAGAUUGUGGAGUCAUGAAUCUUGCUCUUUGAAGAGGAAAACACAGAGUGGACAAUUUAUUUGCUAACAAAGGAUGGAUUCAGGGAAGUGUACAUCUAGAAAUGGCGCUACGUUAUCAAGUAUGGCACCUACAAGUUUCCUGAACAGGGUAUACACAAAAUCUCAAUUUGAAGAAGAAGCGAGAUUUGCUGAACAUACCCUAAUGAAGGAUGUAAAUAUUGACCUUAGAGAAGUUUAUUUUCUGAUUAUGCAUUUUUUGUCAUCUGGGCCAUGCCGAAAAACGCUUGGGAUACUCCAUGAUGAACUUUUGGAAUAUGAGCUUCUACCUAGGAGAUAUCAUGCUUGGUAUUCAAGAAAAGAUGUACGUAGUGGAGAUGAAGAUGACAAUGGUGUUUCUUUCCCUCUAAAUUAUGAAGAUCUGGUGCUAAGGUAUCCUCAUGUUGAAAAGGAUCACUUAGUAAAGUUGCUUAAACAGCUGCUGCUGAGUUUGGGUCCUCCAUUGCAAUGUAGUGGGGGAGAUGCCCCAGGUGCUGCUGAUGUCCCCACGCUACUUGGAUCUGGGCCUUUUUCUCUUUUGGCUUGUGAGAGAAACAGAGUAGAUAAGCAGGCUCAAUCCCUUCCUUCAUACCUCCGUUGGCCACACAUGCAGGCUAAUCAGGUGCAUGGUCUAAGUUUGAGAGAGAUUGGAGGUGGUUUCCCAAAACAUCACCGUGCUCCAUCUAUUCGUCUUGCAAGUUAUGCUAUUGCAAAGCCGUCAACUAUGGUUCAGAAGAUGCAAACCAUAAAGAAACUAAGGGGACAUAGGGAUGCUGUUUAUUGUGCAAUAUUUGACCGCUCAGGAAGAUAUGUGAUUACUGGAUCUGAUGAUCGCCUUGUCAAGAUUUGGUCAAUGGAAACUGGAUUUUGUCUGGCUAGUUGCCGAGGACAUGAAGGUGACAUCACUGAUUUAGCUGUCAGUUCAAACAAUGCUUUAGUGGCGUCUGCGUCAAAUGACUACAGCAUUCGAGUUUGGCGUUUGCCAGAUGGGUUACCUAUUUCAGUUUUGCGUGGGCACACUGGAGCUGUCACUGCUAUUGCAUUUACUCCAAGGCCUAGCUCUGUGUAUCAGCUUCUAUCGUCAUCAGAUGACGGAACUUGUCGCAUUUGGGAUGCUAGGUAUUCCCAAUGUGUUCCACGCGUUUACUCGCCAAGGCCAAAGGAUAACGUUUCUGUGAAGAGCAGUGCUCCCGCACUAACCAACAUUCAGUCCUCAAGUAAUACAUCACAUAACCAUCAAAUUUUGUGUUGUGCAUACAAUGCCAAUGGAACUGUCUUUGUCACUGGCAGCUCUGAUACUUUAGCGAGGGUCUGGAGUGCUUGUAAAUUCUCCCCAGAUCGCCCCGAGGAACUAAAUCAUGAAAUAGAUACAUUAUCUGGUCAUGAAAAUGAUGUCAACUAUGUACAGUUCAGUGGCUGUGCAGUUGCUUCACGAUCUUCAACUUCUGAUUCAUUUGUGGAGGACUACAUUCCAAAAUUUAGGAACUCUUGGUUUAGCCAUGACAAUAUAGUCACUUGUUCUCGGGAUGGAAGUGCAAUUAUUUGGACCACUAAACCACGCAAGUCAUCCCAUGGAAAACUUGGACGUUCUUGGGGUAAGGCAUAUCAUCUUAAAGUUCCUCCCCCACCAAUGCCGCCACAGCCUCCUCGAGGAGGGCCACGGCAGAGAUUUCGCCCUACUCCUCGUGGUGUUAACAUGAUAGUAUGGAGCCUGGAUAAUCGCUUUGNUUAGUGAACUUAUGCAGAUUGCCGAAUUUGCGUUUGGAAUGCUAUUGAUGGUAGCUUGGUGCACUCCUUGACUGGUCACACGCAGUCUACUUAUGUUCUGGAUGUUCAUCCUUUCAACCCCAGAAUCGCAAUGAGUGCUGGUUAUGAUGGGAAAACCAUCCUGUGGGAUAUAUGGGAGGGGAUCCCCAUCCGCACAUAUGAUAUAGGACGCUUUAAGUUGGUUGAUGGAAAGUUUUCGCAGGAUGGAACAUCAAUUGUUCUUUCUGAUGAUGUUGGACAAAUAUAUUUAUUAAAUACAGGCCAAGGCGAGUCUCAAAAGGACGCUAAAUAUGAUCAGUUCUUCCUUGGGGAUUACCGACCCCUUAUCCAGGAUGCGCAGGGGAACACUCUUGAUCAGGAGACACAGCUAGCUCCAUAUCGGAGGAACAUGCAAGAUCUUCUUUGUGACGCAAGUAUGCUUCCAUAUCCUGAACCAUACCAGAGUAUGUACCAGCGACGCCGCUUGGGAGCUCUGGGUACUGAGUGGCGUCCUCCUUCAAUUAAAUUUUCUGUUGGCACAGACGCUAAUUUGAGCCUAGGAUACCAAGUUUUUCCCGUGGCUGACUUGGACAUAAUAGCUGAACCUCUGCCAGAGUUUGUCGAUACCCUUUUCUGGGAGCCAGAUAAUGGUAUUCUAAAUGAUGAGACUGAUUCAGAAUACAAUAUGAAUGAGGAGGUUUCUACUGAAGGAGAGCAUGAAUGUGUAAGAGACAGCUCUUCUAGCGCUUCAGUGUGUAGUGAAGAAGAGAAGAUGAAACGGAGUCAGAAAGAUAGCCUGCGCAGAUCAAAAAGGAAAAAAUCUGUAUCAGAAGUGGAAGUCACAUCAUCUGGAAGACGUCUUAGGAAGAAAGUUAAGGAUGAAGAUGUUGGCACUUCAUCUAGAAGUCUUAGAACUAGGAAAUCAAGAAAUGGGCAAAAAGCUACGGCUAAAGAGAAGUCAACUAAACUAAAGUCAUUAAGACCUCAGCGAGGAGCUGCACAUCCUGCUAUUGUGCGUUAUCAUUCUGACAGCUCUUCAGAUGAAGAAGAUGAAGGUAGCUCUGAGGAUGAUUCAUUGGAAACUGAGUCACCAGAAUGUUGGUCAAGUGAUCAGAGCAUUGAAUCUGAUGACAAGCUGCUGAGCAAACAACGGAACUAUUCAACAGGUGGAUCUGUGGAUGUACCUCCUAAAUCCGCUGAACCUCAAACAAACGGUGAGAACAAAAGGAGAUUAGUCCUGAAAUUGAAAAUUCGUGAUGCUAAGAAGCUUGAGUUAUCAAAAGACACUGCAACUCAGUGUGGUAACCAAGCUGAUAAGUCGUGUUCUUCUCAAGCUAGUGAAGAGAUAAUUGAAGAUAAUCUGGUUAACCUUAGAUUAAAGGAGCCAGGAUCAUACUCUGCAGAUGAAAUUGGCAUGGAGCUGUCUGAGAAAUACAAUAAAACUGAUAUUAUGGUUAAUGACAAGGAACACAAAGGUGUUCUGUGUGAGCAUGCCUAUUUUUCUGCCGGUGUAGAUAUCCAAAGUCUGGCCCAUAAUUUAAUGACUGAGGCUCAAACAAAUCCGGGACAGUUUGAAGCUAGCAGAUCGAUGGCUGGAAAUGAUCCACGAGAUGCAGCAUGUUCCUCAGGAGGUGGUAAAAGUUCAUUAUUUCAGUUGUCAUCGUCACCUAGUCAUCAGCCACAGCAAAUAAGCAUCGGUCCGGGAUCAAACAAGCUGACUACCACCAACGACAAUCCUGAAGUAAACCCAAAACCUAGAGUGAAGACAACCAUAAUAAAGAUAAAAGCAAAGAAAGUUUCCAGGGAUUCUCAAGCUCAUUCUGAAUUUAAUCUUCCUACAGAUGCUUAUUAUGGAGAUGAAUCAACAUCUAAAAUCUUUUCCCAUUUGGAACAAAACCAAGUUCCGGAAGUGCCAGAAACAGACAAUGGCCAUGGUAGAUUCGAUCAGAAAUUGCAUUGGGGUGUACUGACGGAUGAUACUGUUGACAGAAGCAAGUCUCAUGGAUCUAGAAGGCGUUUACUUCGCAGUCAUGAUAUUUGUGGAAGUACUUCUGAUGCUUGUAUUGAUCAUGACGAAUCAGGUUCUGAAUUCCCUCAUGCCGCUACUGAUGCAGCACGUAGAAAGAGAUCCUUAAGAUUUACUGCAAUGUCAAGAGAUACAGCAUUCAGGAAAGAUGACGUAAAGAUAAGAGAGAGCCAUGUAGCUGUAGGUUCAUCAAGAAAUGCAGAAAAGCUGACCAAGAAGGCUACGGGUUUUCUGCCAUUAGGAAGGACUUCAACUUAUGUGUCCAGCCGGUCAUCUACAGACAAUAAAGAGCAUUCUUCCAGGGCGGAAAAUGUUUUAUCAGCUGGAAUGAUCUUGAAUAAGGAAGUAAAAAAAAUGAAUUGGCUGCUAUUGUCAGAGCAUGAAGAGGGUUACCGCUACAUUCCUCAGAUAGGCGAUGAAGUAGUAUACUUCCGACAGGGGCAUCAAGAAUAUAUAGAAUAUAGUGAUUCGUCGGAGCCUGGUCCUUGGACAAAGAAUGCAGCUGUAUUCCGAGCUGUGGAAUUUUGCUUGGUUGAGAAUCUUAAUUACGCAACUCUUCCUGGCUCUGGUGAGAGUUGCUGUAAAGUUACACUUCAGUUCAUAGAUAGCACUUCCCCCGUCUUUGGACAGAAGUUUAAGCUAAAACUGCCUGAACUAGUUAACUUCCCUGACUUCAUUAUUGAGAGAUCUCGGUAUGAGACUGCAAUGGAGAGAAAUUGGUCAUACAGAGACAAAUGUCUGGUUUGGUGGAGGGAUGAGAGUGAUCAAGGUGGUAGGUGGUGGGAAGGUCGGGUAGUUUCUGUGAAAGCCAAAUCUGACCAGUUUCCUGACAGUCCAUGGGAAAGAUGCGGUAUCCUAUACAAAGACGAAUCAGAACCCCAUCCUCAUAGUCCUUGGGAACUACAUGAUAUAGAUAGUUCAUGGGAGCAACCUCAUAUUGACUUGGAAAGCAAAAGCAGAGUUUUGUCUUCUGUCACCGAGCUACUGCAGUCUGCAAGCAGAAAUCAGGAUUUCUUUGGGAUUCUAAAAUUGAAACAAGUUGCUGGGAAACUGGAUUUUGUGAAUAGGUUCCCUGUUCCUCUAUCACCUGAUAUAAUCCGGUUAAGGUUAGAGAACAACUAUUAUAGAAGCUUGGAAGCAAUGAAGCAUGAUUUCUCUGUGAUGCUAGCAAAUGGUGAGGCUUACUUUGCCAAAAAUAGAGAGCUUUCAGUGAAAAUGAAGCGUCUUUCAGAUUGGUUUAGUGAGACAUUGUCAGAUUUGUGAGGUCAUGCUUUCUCUUGGCUUGUUAUUUUUCCUCCCUUUCAUCCAACUGCCCGGAGAUCCAAUUUUGUGGAAAGGAUCUUCUGUACCUAUACUCUAGAUAUGUUGGCCUAGAGUGGUCUGUUGUAUGAUUGAGGUUUAAAUGGAGUUGCUUUAACAUGAUAGUAUAUGGUGGGUUUGGAGUACAAUUUGCACUAGUUUAAACAAUCCGAACAUUUUUUUAUUUGCUACCUGGCCAGAGCUUGAUGUAGUUAUGUUUCUUCUUGAGAAUGUCACAAUAGCCAAAGUUUCUUACGUUUA